AUGCCGGCUGACCUACAGGCCCGUAUCUUCGAGCCGACUGCAGACGGGCGCAGGAAGCUCAACCCCUACGUAGUCGAUGGUAUCCACUACGUCGUGGACGCUGGUUACUAUAAACUCAAGGUGUACAACCCCAAAGUCGGUAUGGACGCUCUGCAGAUCACGCCCAUCAGUCAAGCAAACGCGAAUCAGCGUACUGGUCGCGCGGGUCGUACUGGUUCUGGAUUCUGCUAUCGGAUGUACACUGAAAUGGCGUAUCGCAACGAGAUGUUUGAGAGCACCAUCCCGGAAAUUCAACGGACGAACUUGGCCAACACAGUGCUGUUGCUGAAGUCAUUGAGUGUUAAGGAUCUCCUCGAAUUCGAUUUCAUGGACCCUCCGCCUCAGGCGAACAUGUUGAACUCGAUGUAUCAGCUCUGGGUUUUGGGCGCGUUAGACAACGUGGGCGACCUGACAUACACGGGCAAGAAGAUGUCGGAAUUCCCGAUGGAACCAUCGAUGGCUAAGAUGCUCAUCGCGUCCGUGGAGUACAAGUGCUCCGCCGAGAUGCUUACGAUUGUCUCUAUGCUGUCCGUCCCAAGCGUGUUCUAUCGGCCGAAGGAACGUAUGGAGGAGGCUGAUGCCGCGCGGGAGAAGUUCAACGUCCCUGAAAGCGACCACCUCACGCUGCUCAACGUCUACACCCAAUGGAAAUCUCAUGGAUACCGUGACGACUGGGCACUCCGCCACUUUUUACAUCCCAAACUGCUGCGCAAGGCUCGGGAGGUGAGGCAACAGCUAGAGGACAUCAUGAAGUUCCAGAAGAUGGACAUUGUCUCCGCAGGGACGGACUUCGACGUCAUGAGGAAAGCUAUCUGUGCCGGCUACUUCCACCAAGCGGCAAGGGUCAAGGGCAUUGGCGAAUUCGUGAACAUCCGAACGGGUAUGCCGACGCACCUCCACCCCACAAGCGCAUUGUAUGGCCUUGGGUACACGCCGACAUACGUAGUCUAUCAUGAGCUCAUCCUGACCUCGAAGGAGUACAUGACCCAAGUCACUUCCGUUGAUGCCUACUGGUUGGCUGAGCUCGGAUCGGUGUUCUAUUCCGUGAAGGAGAAGAACUUCGACGAGCGAGGAAACCGCCGCCAGGCGGAUCGCGAAUUCUCUAAGAAAGCGGAGUUGGAGACCGAAAUGGCCAGACAACGAGAAGAAACGAAACGGAAAGCGGAAGAGGAAUCUAUCGCCAUCAAGGCUUCAAGCGGAUCCGCUUCAAAGAUUAUUAUACCUGGCACUCCCAGGACAGGCGGAAUGGGCUCACGCAUUGGACAUACGCCGCGGCGAAGAGGCAUCUGA